GAGUUUCAUUUGUUUGUGUGCUGCAAAGAGAGGCAGCGCCGAGAGAGCUGCACUGUUUUGGAGAGCUUUCGGUUCGGCUGCCAUCGCGACGUCGGUGGCGAUUCAUCACGUCUUUAGUCUUCAACUGAUCGCUCGCGCCGAUGAUUUAAUUUUUAAGUUAAAGCCUGCGCCCAGUGUAGUAGCCAGCAGCAGCAGCGUUACUCACAUCCAUACAUACUGACCCGUAUGUGUACCUGUGAGUAAUCCGACCAAGAACUAUAUAGCGAGCGAUCUGCAUGAAAGGAGAGCAAAUCACGCAGAAAGAAACGAACGAAAAUAACGCGAACAAAACACAAAAAUAAAACAAAAACAAUACGGAGAACUCUGUAACUGUAACAAUUGACGAGCACAACGAGCCGAGAACGAGCAGCACAAAGCAACAAACCGAAAAUAGACGACAUCCACGGUGCGUAUACUUAACGGAGCCACCCGCUCACCCCCACGACUCAACGCGACCUCUCGCUCGCACCCAGCAGCGGCAGCAACAACACCACCAAUUGUGAUCACUGAGCGUGUGUGCGAGCGCCACUGUAUCCGCAUCUGUAUCUGUAUCUGUAUCUGAAGAGCCGCUGCCAUCCAAAAGCGGCAGGAAGGCAGAAAGGAAGGAAUAUCGGAAUUGCCGCCGCUUCAAAAUAUUAAUUAAAAACGCUUCGGCACUGCUUAUGGCUCGACUUGGCGCGCAUGCCAAGAAUGAUUAAACGAGACACGAAAGAGCGUAUCUACGAAGUAGAUAAAUAUCUUUAUACGAACAACUGAGCUGCAGCACCACCAACAAUCGAAUCGACGAAAACAAACGCAACGCAUCGCACAAACAAAUCCAUCUAUCUAUAUACACUCUAUUGUGAGAGAUAGAUAAACAAAAGCUCAAGCAGAAACAGCAGCAACGAAACAAUUUGGAGAACACAACACUUUUGCACCAAAAGACCCAGCAAUCUGCACAAAGGGAGCACACAUCCCUGACAUCGUAUUAAGGAGGCAAUUCAACUCGAUAAAGAAAGGAAAGAAAGGAAAUCAACUAUUGUGAUAUGUACAAAUUUACUCAAAUACUGAAGCCGCAAAUUUAGACGUUUAUUCCACGGAAUCCCAGUUUGUAUAACGAUUAUCCGGAGGUAAUCUACCAAAGAUUAGGCUUUCAUCUUCAAUUAAGUUUAGCUAAACAGAGCAGAAACUGCACCUCGAGAACCAAGACCAUGGCCGAGAAAGUCGAGCACGCCCAGGCCAGCCUGAUCGGGCAGCAGAACGAUCCCCGCAAGGUGCGAAAGUCACCCGAAUUUCAGCCUGUUAUUCCCGGCGUUAUCUCCAGGGAACGCAGCUUUGUGCGCACAUCGAAUCAACAGAAUAUCAACAAGCGCCGCAGUCUGGCGUUUAAUGUUCCUGGCAAUCAGACGGGACAGAUGAGGGGCAAGCCAGCCAUGGAUAUAUACAGACCGCCCAAUGUACGUGGAGAGCUGGCUGCUCCAGUUGGUGGCGGCGGUGGUGGUGCCAGUGGGGCGAACGGUGCUGCCGUUUGCACCGCCAACAAGCUUAACGUCAAUGCCCAGGAGUUCACAAUGACCAGCAGCUCCGGGGCACCGGCCGAAGCACUCAGCAAUCGUUCGUCGCUGAUCUUCCCGCCCACCAAUGGUCCCGGUGUGGCUCCGGCGCUGGGUCAGUACGGCAACGUGAAUCGCCGCCAGGCCGGUCUCUCGCUAGGCAACAUGCCGGGGCUGAAGGCCAGCCAUCAUCGCUCGAUCUUGGUGACGCAUCCAAUCAGUCCCAGCGCCCUGGCCGGUCAGCUGCCGCUCAUGAACUCGCCCUCCAGCGGCAAUAUACUGCAUACAACAAACCGUGUGAAGUUUGCUCCUGAGCCCAGGGGUCACAAGGUCACCCACAACCAGUUUGGUCAGCUCAACCACAACUACGGACAGCCUUAUCAGUCGCACAUGAAUGGCAUCGAAGUGGAUCCCUACAUGAAUGGAAAUUCGCUGCAACGAUCCAAGUCUUUGUCGUCGGCGGAUGCUCUCACCCGGGGCAUGGCCGGAUUGGGAUUGGGCUUGGGAAACGAGGUGGCCGAUAUUGGACAGUUCACGCCCGAGAUCCAGGCGCUGAUUGACACGGCUUUGGAGGACCCUAAUAAGCUGAAUUCGCGCUGUCUGAUGGAGCUGACCUCGCAGUUCAUUAAACGGGCGGUGGAGAGUCGUCGUUUCGCCCUGCCCAUCUCGCGUCUGUGCUUGAACAUCAUCGCCCGUGAGCAGAAAGAGACAUUCUUGGAGGCGCUACUCAACACAUGCCGUCAGUGGUAUCAGGAGCGUGAGAAGCUGCUAUUUGCCAUCCAAGGCAUGAAGUCGCCCUCUCGUGUUCGGUUUACCGCCUUCAUGGCCUUUCUCACGGAGAUGUUUUGCCAGCUGAAGCGGCGCCAGCUUCAGUUGCGGACUCACAACGAGGGCACACCCCCACCCCUGGUUUUGCUCAGUCUGCUAUCCAAGUGCUGUGAGGAUUGCGUACGUGCACCCAUAAGGUCGCUCUCAGAGAUUGAGUGUCUGUUCUAUGUGCUCACCUGCAUCGGCCAGGACAUGGAGCAGCAACUACCCCAGCAGCUGGAACUACUAAUGGGUCUCGUUCGCGAUGCCUUCCUCAAUGCCGGAGAUUCGGCAGCGCCCAUCCGGCGAACUCUUCUCCAGCUAAUUGAGCUGAAGGCCUCCCACUGGCAGCUGCCCGGCAAUACCGUUCUCUACUACACCCACACCAACAACUGAAGUACGGGAAUGGGACUAGAACCGCAUGUGGUGGACCAAGACGGAGGUUGAGUUUCGGGCACUGUGCAAUUAUGAAGGCACCAUCGAUUGCCAUUUCUGUUGUCGCAUUGCAUUUAGGCCUGCAAUCCUUCUGUUCUAUUUAUCUUAUCUUACUCUUACCUAGGCUUAAGCAAUAUUUAUUUUGGCACCAGCAAUAGAGAGAAACUAACCCGAGACUUGCACAAUACACACCAAGCCCAGUACCAAAUGAGAUCGUCCGAUUCGCUUCGGUAUCUUCGGACUCUGCGAUAGUCUAAGGCUCAACUUUUAUGUGAACCCAUAUAUAUUUAUGUGUAAUAAAUCACAGCUAGUCAAAAAUGA